GCGCCCGGGGCCACGUGACCGAGCCGCGCGGCCGCUCCCGGGCCGCCAUGGCGGCUGCGCGCCAAGAGCCGGGGUCGGGGCCUGGCGGGAGCGUCCGCUUCUUCUGCACCGCUGGCCGCGGCCUGGAGCCGUUCCUGAUGCGGGAGGUGCGCGCACGGCUGGCGGCCACACAGGUUGAAUAUAUUUCAGGAAGUUUUUUCACCACCUCUUCUGAUUUGAAUAUGCUGAAGAAAUUAAAAUCUGCAGAAAGAUUAUUUUUGCUGAUUAAAAAGCAGUUUCCAUUUACUGUUUCUUCUCCAAGUAAAGGAAAAGUACUUAAUGAAAUACAAAAACUUAUAAAUGACGAUCCAGGAAGUUGGUUGAAUACCAUUUCGAUUUGGAAAAAUCUUCUUGAAGUUGAUACGAAAAAGGAAAAACUUUCUCAAAGGACUACUAACCCACUAAAAAGAAAUGGACAAAAUGAAAUUAUUGCUAAGAAAAUAAAAGUAGAAGAAAUGCAAAGAAUCCAAGAGACUCAUAAGGAAUGCCAGCUGGAAAAAGGAAUAGAAGAAAAUGCACUUGAGCAAAGAGAUUCUAUCACUAGACAAGAAAAACUUCAAGAAGAAAAAUGUCAGAAUGAUGUAGGGAAAGCAGUCAAUGCUCAUAACCAGGACAACCUGACUUUCCGGGUUUCUUGUCGCUGCAGCGGAACUAUCGGAAAAGCUCUUACUACACAGGAGAUAGGAAGAGUAAUUGGAAUUGCUCUUAUGAAGCAAUUUGGAUGGAAAGCAGAUUUGAAGAAUCCAAAUUUAGAGAUCUUUAUACAUCUAAAUGACAUUUACUUUGUGGUGGGGAUUCCUGUGUUCAGAAUCCCCUUAGCCAGCAGAACUUACAUCAAGUCGGCUGGACUUCGAUCCACCAUAGCGUGGGCAAUGGCAUCUCUUGCAGAAAUUAGGGCUGGUGCAUUUGUUUUAGAUCCAAUGUGUGGACUUGGAACAAUACUUUUGGAAGCUGCUAAAGAAUGGCCAAGUGCAUAUUACAUGGGUGCUGAUGUCAGCGACUCACAGUUACUUGGUGCAUGUGACAAUCUGAAAGCUGCAGGCCUUAAGGAUAAAAUUGAGUUACUUAAAGUCUCUGUUAUAGAAUUGCCACUUCCUUCAGACAGUGUCGAUAUUAUUAUUUCUGACAUUCCAUUUGGAAAAAUUAAAUUAGGCAAAGACAUCAAAAGCAUUCUGCAGGAAAUGGAAAGAGUGCUGGGUGUUGGAGGAACCGCGGUCUUGUUGCUUAGUGAAGAUCACCACCGGCUCCUUCGAGACUGCGGAGUGAGCAGCAGCCCUCUGGAUUCCAAGGGCAGCCACUCCCCUGAACCUGGGAUUAAGAAGUGCUUGAAUCCUGAAGGAAAAACUGGCACACCAGAGACAGUUCCACCGUCACACGAAACCAGUAACCAGGAGCACUUCAAGGAAACGUCACCAUUUGGCUCUUUGGUGCUAGUGGAAUGCUACAAAGUUAGUCUAGGAAAAACAGAAGCAUUCAUAUGCAAAUAUAAGAAGUCACACACCUCUGGAGUAUAGCGGGCUUGGGCUUGGGCUUGCUGCCAUGAGCCAGGUGGAAUCCUCAGAUAUCAGCUUUAUCGGACUCUAUUUGUCCUGAGACUUUUUUUUUUUUUUGGCACUGGGAUUAUACCCAAGAGUGCUCCACCACUGAGCUACAUUCUCAGCCCUUGCUAUUUUUAAAUUUUGAGACAGGAAACGGGACCUCACUCAGUUACCUAGGCUGGCCUCGAAUAUCCAUCCUCCUGCCUCAGCCUCCUGAGUAGUGCUUACAGUCUUAUACCAGCGCACUUUCUCUGGGAUUCUUUAUAACACCCACAGUUCCAAGUAAAUACUCUCCUGAAGAUAGACUGGCACCCUCUCAUUAAGAAUUUCUCCUUUAUCCUCUAAAGUAUUCUAUAUUCUUUACAAUGAACAGUUAGUGAAUAUUUUGCAGGGGUGGGGAACUCAUGUUCUAAGGUCUGUCAGUGUGAAAAUCCUGCUCUGCGAUGCACUGUUUCUCAGCAGAAGCUUCAGCCUCCAAAUAAAAAUUUCCAAGGGUUCACAUGAAUGUAUCUCAGUCCACACAGGUUGAGAUAUGUUAACCACCAGAUUGUAGAAAUGUGGGAACCUUUAUGUGUAACUUCUUUUGAUAUUAAACUUGAUUUUUUGAACCUGUAAUUUUCUUCUCCAUUGAAAUGAAAAUAAUUUUUAUUUCCAGUACAUUUUAUAUAGCUUGUGAUAUAAAACAUCGGUGAAAAUAAUAGUAACAUGAAUUAAGCCAGUAACUUCCAACAUGAUGGAAAAUGAAGUUUGCUUUUUUUCUGAAAAGCAUUAAUAAAGUCCCCUCA